AAUUGUGCUUUAGUUUAGUGUAUAUCAUAUAAACUCAUACGGGAAAUAACGUCAUCGUUUAUUUAAUAUGCCGCUCACGAAUUGAGAGUGGGAUGUUCAUUGUUUCUUUCGCGUGUAGUACAACAUGGCAUGUGUUCAGCGGGCAUUCGCACAGAAAUUGUCAAAGCAACAUGCUGCAGAAGUUAGAAGACAAAUUGCAUCAUCAUCUUACAGUCAGGAUUCUAAGAAUCAGAAUCUCUUAUCACUCUCUUCGGCAUCAUUGUACGACGUUGUGGAGCCAAUGGAUUAUGAAGAAUUUGUUCAGUUAAAUCAAAUGCUUCUGGAACGGGAUCCAUUGCACCAUGUCCUGGAUUUUCCAGAAAAUGAUAUUGAGGUGGUAGUAAUACCUCGAAAAAUUAGGACAGUGGAUCCUGUAGUACCUGAGGAGCCUUCGGAUGAGCUGUCACCACACGUUCGUGACUGCGUUCGUUGCUACACAUCUGAUUACAUUUUUGUGAAACAUAACUAUAGGCAGUAUUCAAGCAGUUGUUCCAUAAGAGAUCGUUGUGGUGAACGUUUGAGUGUUGUUCAAGGAAUUCCACAUCAAGAAUUUGAAAUUGACUAUGAAGAACCAACUACUUCUAGUACUCCUGAUGAGGAAGUAUUCAGGGUUGAGUCUGGACUGUCAUCAUCUCAGCAGUCAGUCCACUCUGUUGAUACACCACGUGCAAGCUGGGCGAGCUUUGAUCUCCGAAGCUCUGUUAGUGACAUGCUUAUACCUUCAUUGUUGGAGAGAGUGCCUCCAGAAACAAUUGAUCAACUGAAUGAGGCAAAAAGACAAGACAACAGACAGGAUGGACUGUUCACCCUUUAUCCUGUUCAAGAUGAAGAAGAGAUGAUUGAGAAGCGAAUCCCUGCUGAAAUACCAAACGAGCACAUGGGACACAGGAUUUUAGUCAGGUGUUUGCAGCUCAGGCUAGAACUGGAAGUUGAACCAAUAUUUGCUUCAAUUGCCUUGUAUGAUGCCAAAGAAAAGAAGAAAGUAUCAGAAAACUUUUAUUUUGAUAUGAAUUCAGAAGGUCUGAAGCACAUGCUGUCUUCUCAUAUUCCCUACAGUGACACAAGCACUCUUAGCAGGGCGUGUGUUUUUGAUAUCACAUAUCCUUCUUCUGAUUUGUUUUUUGUAAUCAAAUUAGAGAAGGUGUUACAGGGUGACAUAAAUGACUGUGCUGAACCCUAUAUAAAAGAUGACAAGAGUCGUGAGAAACUGAAGACCAAUGCUGUUACUGCUUGUGAACGUCUAGGGAAGUACAGGAUGCCAUUUGCAUGGACUGCGAUAUAUGUAAUGAAUGUCAUUGAUGGUGUCAACAGUUUAGAAAGAGAAAGCGGAAGUGACAGAGAAAACACAGGAUCGUAUAGCUUAGACCGAAAAUCUAGCAGCAACAGCUUUGACCAGUUCAGAAAACGUGCAAGUGAUAUGGGGUCUUUAACAAGAAGAGGAUCAUUAGAAAGGCGCAGCAACUUGGAAAAGCGUCGUAGUUGGUCUCCUGAUGACUUUGGUUCCAAUCUUGAUACUUUUCGUCCAGUCACCAUUACUGUGUCUAAUUUUUUUAAGCAGGAAAGUGAUCGCUUGAGGGAUGAAGACCUCUACAAGUUUCUUCAAGAUUUGAAACGACCAUGUUCUGUUAUUAAAAAGUUAAAAUCAAUACCUGGGACAUUGAAACUUGAUAUUUCGCCAUGCCCAGAAGAAUUAAAAAACUGUCUGACUCCAGAAUUAGCAAAACUUAAACCAUUUCCAGAUGAAAUGAGUCGGCCAACAAAAGAAAUAUUGGAAUUUCCUACUAGAGAAGUAUUUGUUCCUCAUUAUACAUACAGAAAUCUUCUGUACGUAUAUCCUAAAGACUUGAAUUUUGCAAGCAGAGCAGGAUCAGCAAGAAAUAUUGCUGUCAAAGUUCAGUUAAUGUGUGGAGAGGAAGAACGACAUGCAUUACCUGUAAUAUUUGGUAAAUCAUCAUGCCCUGAAUUCAUGUCAGCUGCAUAUACGGUCGUCAGUUAUCAUAACAAGUGUCCUGACUUUUAUGAUGAAAUAAAAAUGAAACUUCCAGCCAAUCUUGGAUCACAGCAUCAUUUACUUUUUACAUUUUACCAUAUCAGCUGUCAACGAAAAAUUGAACAACCGGUUGUUGAAACUCCCAUAGGCUACACAUGGCUUCCAUUGUCCCCAGAUGGCCGGCUCCAAGUUGGGGAUUUUUGUCUUCCAGUAAUGGUGGAACAUCCACCACCUAGAUAUUCCUACAUUCCACCUGACGUGCUUCUACCUGGUACUAAAUGGGUUGAUAACCAUAAGGGCAUCUUUAGUGUUGUUUUAGAAGCUGUUUCUUCAGUUCAUACUCAGGAUAAAUACCUAGACAGGUUCUUGAAUCUGUGUAGUGCUAUAGAAGAAAGAAAUAUUCCUGUGCGAUAUGGUGAAAAUUUAGAGAGUGAAUUAAAAUCAAGCAUAUUGGAACUUACCCAUUCAAAGUCUGAACCAUUGGUCAAAUUCCUGCCAGUUGUAAUCAACAAACUUUUAUUGCUAAUGGUGAGACCUCCAACAGUAGCUGGGCAGAUUCUAAAUGUCGGUCAUACUUCAUUUGAAGCAAUGGCAAUGCUUGUAAGAAAUAUCUCGGUUCUGCAGGAGGGCCAUUGUGGACCUGGUGGGCGACAUAGUUUACUUACCACAUAUAUCAGUUACCAGUGUAUGUUGCCACACUGUGCAGAUAUGUAUGCAGAGAACAAUGUUUGUCCUCCUCAGAGUCCUGAGAACACAUCCCACCAGUUUACAGUCCCUCCACUCAGAAGCAGACAUUUAAGGAGCAGUAGCAAUCCUGAUAUGUAUGCAUCUCUUACUGGUGAUGAUGAGGUAAAUUCAUUAGCCAGAGGACUCGAUCGUACAUCAAGUAUGAGGAGUGGCCCAGGUCAAGAAAAUUUUGCAUAUAUUUCCAAUGUUCAUCAGCCACGUAAAUUGCUUCACGAAGAACUGGCACUGCAGUGGGUGAUGUCUAGUGGAAUAGCUAGAGAACUUGCAAUGACAAAUUCAUGGUUUUUCUCUGAAUUGAUAGCGAGGAGCAUGGCAGAAUACUUGGCAACAUCUCGAAGCUUAAAUACUCCACGAAAAAUCAGAUUUUCAGAACAGUUCACAGAUGAUAUAUCCACCUUAGUAUCCACUAUCACUUCUGAUAUAAUUUCCCACAGCAACAGAGAUGGAAAGGUGUCGCAGAACCUGAAUGCAAGCUUAGCAUUUUUCCUCUUUGAUUUACUUUCUAUAAUGGAUCGAGGUUUUGUGUUUACUCUUAUAAAGAACUAUUGCAAGCAGAUGUCUUCAAAAAUUUCAUCUCUGUCUGAUGCAGCUUGCUUGAUUAAUUUGAAGUUGGACUUUCUAAGGAUUGUUUGCAGCCAUGAACAUUUUGUAGCGUUGAAUCUACCUUUUGGGACACCUUUUACUCCAAGCUCUGCUCCUUCAUCACCAAAUCCAUCUAUUUCGUCAUCUACAAGCCAGUCAUCAUUUGUGUCAACACUUGUUGGAGGUGAUUUAAUGAGUUUUGCAGAUCUGUCACCUGCAUUUCGACAACAACAUUUCCUGAUUGGACUUGUUCUCACAGACCUGGCUACAGUCCUGGAAUUACAGAAUCCUAACCUUCAUUUUAAAGUGGUCAACCUUGUGCGUAAUUUGCUGACAUAUCACGACAGUGACCCACGAUUUGCAGAACCUGAAUGUAGAGCACGAGUGGCUGCCCUGUACUUGCCAUUUCUGGGUAUUGUCAUGGAUGCCUUACCACAACUUCAUGGCUUUUUCCCAGGAGCUAGAGGUCGUAUGUUGCUGGUACCAGGCUCAGAUAAUAUGGAACCUCAAAAUGGUAUUGAUCAUUCUAUUGCAAUGGCAAUUGCUGGUACAACAGUGUUUCCAAAGUCAGUUGGACCUGAUAAUCCUCAAGGCCAACAGAAUUGGAAAUGUGGCUUGAGUUCUGAUACAACACGUAAUCUUCUUAUUUGCUUUCUGUGGGUAAUAAAAAAUGUUGAUAAAACCGUUUUGAAGCAUUGGUGGACAGAGCUGCCUUCACAGAGACUGCAUCAGCUCUUAGAAGUGCUCAAUAUUUGUAUUUCUUGCUUUGAAUAUAAGGGCAAAAAAGCUAUUAAAAGAUUCUCACAACAAAGUUUUCGUAAAACAACUGACAUCAAAUCUCGCUUGGAAGAUGUAAUUCUAGGACAGGGGUCAGCACGAAGUGAAAUGAUAAUGCGACGUAAAGAGAAGAAUCCUCCAGCUUCUCCUGGUUGGCCAGGUGAUCGAUUACGAUGGCGCAAAGAACAAAUGGCAUACCGUCCCACUGCAGAACAGCCAGAACGACCAAGGGCUGAAGUUGAGACAGAUGCUCACAUAGAAGGAAAUCUGGCCACAGAAGUCAGCUUUGUUAUUCUAGAUACAUUGGAGCAAAUUGUUCAGGUUGCAUCACAGACAGAUAACUUGCAGGGACUACUUGGAGUGGUAUUGAAAGUUUUGUUACAUGCUCUCUCAAGAAAUCAGAGCACUAUAGUUCUUCAGAACAUGUUUGCAACACAGAGGUCCCUUGUAUUUAAGUUCCCAAAUCUGUUAUUUGAUGAAGAAACAGAGCAGUGUGCUGAUCUCUGUUUACAACUUCUGAAACAUUGCAGUUCAAAUAUGGGCAGUGUUCGAUCCCAGGCAUCUGCAUCACUCUACCUUUUAAUGAGACAAAACUUUGAAAUAGGAAAUAAUUUUGCUAGAGUAAAAAUGCAGGUGACAAUGUCUCUCAGUUCACUUGUUGGAACCAGCUCUUCAUUUAGUGAAGAGUCAUUGCGGCGCUCUUUGAAGACAAUUCUCGUUUAUGCAGAAGAAGACACUGAAUUGCAGGAAACAACUUUUCCAGAGCAGGUUAAGGAUCUUAUUUUUAAUCUACACAUGAUUCUCUCUGAUACUGUAAAAAUGAAAGAAUUUCAAGAAGAUCCAGAGAUGUUGUUGGAUUUGAUGUACCGUAUAGCAAAAGGGUACCAAAAUUCACCAGAUUUGCGGCUUACUUGGCUUGCAAAUAUGGCUCAAAAACACAUGGAGCGCAAUAACCACACAGAGGCAGCAAUGUGCCUUGUGCACAGUGCUGCACUGGUAUCAGAAUAUCUUCAUAUGCUUGAAGAUCUGCCACACUUGCCACCGGGUGCUGUAGGAUUGGAAGGAAUAACACCCAAUGUACUGGAAGAGAGUGCUGUCUCAGAUGAUGUAUUGAGUCCAGAGGAAGAAGGUGUAUGUCUUGGGAAAGAUUUUACUGAAAGUGGACUAGUUGGGUUGUUAGAACAUGCUGCAAACUCAUUUCAUACGGCUGGCAUGUAUGAAGCGAUGAAUGAUGUGUACAAAAUUCUGUUGCCUAUUGCAGAAGCAAAUAGAGAUUACAAAAAACUGUCAAAUAUUCAUGGGAAAUUACAUGAUGCGUUUACUAGAGUUGACCAGCUGCAGGGAAAGCGUGUCUUUGGAACAUACUUCCGUGUUGGUUUCUAUGGAACUAAAUUUGGAGAUCUGAAUGGAGAAGAGUUUAUCUAUAAAGAACCAACAUUAACAAAAUUGCCUGAAAUUUUUAGUCGGCUUGAGAAUUUCUAUGCUGAAAGAUUUGGAUCUGAAAACAUUGUCAUUAUAAAAGACUCAAAAGCUGUAGAUUUGAGCAGUUUGAACCCAGAAAAAGCUUAUAUUCAGAUAACAUAUGUGGAGCCUUAUUUUGAGUCUUAUGAAAUGAGAUACCGAGUAACAUACUUCGACAGAAAUUUUAACAUCAAAAGAUUUUACUAUGCAACUCCAUUCACACCUCGAGGAAGAGCUCAUGGGGAACUUCAUGAGCAGUACAAACGCAAGACUAUACUAACUACCGCAAACCAUUUUCCAUACAUUAAAACUCGUAUACAAGUAGUGGAUAGAAAACAGAUUAUUUUAACCCCUAUUGAAGUUGCUAUUGAAGAUAUUCAGAAGAAAACAAUGGAACUUGCACAGUCAACACAUCAAGAACCUCCAGAUCCAAAGAUAUUGCAGAUGGUGCUACAGGGUUGUAUUGGUACAACUGUAAAUCAAGGGCCCAUGGAAAUAGCUGUUGUCUUCCUUUCUGAGCUUCUUAGUGGACAGAAAGCUCCAAAUAAACUUCAAAACAAAUUACGCCUUUGUUUCAAGGAUUUUUCUAAAAAGUGCAAUGAUGCUCUGAAGAAGAAUAGAAACUUGAUUGGUGCAGAUCAGAGAGAUUACCAGCGUGAACUUGAAAGAAAUUACAGUUGCUUUACUGAGCGCUUACUUCCCCUUAUUACUGUAAACAAUGCACAUCGAACCUCGAUUAACAAAAAGUAAAAACACUGACAAUUGAAUGUUACCAUAAUUUUAACUUUUUAUACAGUUCUGCUUUUGUUGAUAAAUUUUUAUCUAUCUCUUGUGGGACAUUAUACAGUGCAAUCAGUUUUGUAAGUGAUAAAAAUCAAGCAGUGAACUGAUCUGUGAGACUUUUGUGUUAUAUAACUUAAAUUGAUUUUUCAGAAAGAUUGGUUUCAUAGUGUGCCACAGACAUUAAAUCUGCAUAAAAUGAGCUAAAAAUGCUUCACUCCGUCUCGAUACUAUGACGAGCAGUGUGUUGCUAUGAAUAUCUGUGAUAUUAAGCUACUAUUUUAUAACUAAUUUAUGCUCAUGCGUAUAAUAAUAGUGAUGUUAGGAGUAUCAGUAGACUUCAACAUUAUGCCAGAAUUAAAUCUUGUGACUGACACCUUUGAUGACUUUGAGCUGUAAGCUAGAUAGUGUUUUGUCUUAAUAUUAUUAUUUAAUAAUAGUAAUUAUUGUAAUGUGGGUACUCAGUGUGAAUUUAUUUAAUGUCUACAUGAAGAGGAGAUUUAAGAUGUGCCGUUAGACUGUUCAUUCCUUUAAAAAUGCUUGUAUCAAUAUCUCAGACAGUUUUGUUGAUGUUAUGAACAAAAUUAGUAAUGUUUUGAGUUCCAUGUAUG